AUGACGGCAGAAGGACUCAUAUGUCUUGGUAGUAGAUUACAAAAUUCUGACUUUCUGUUUCAAGAAAAGCAUCCAUGGAUUAUACCGAAAAAAUCUAGAUUCACUAAAUUGCUAAUUAAAAGAGAACACGAGAACUUGCUUCAUGCUAGUGCAGAUACACUCAUUCAAACUCGAGAAAGUUAUUGGAUAAUUCGAGGCAGACAAGCUGUAAAAUCGUGCUUGAAUAAAUGUUUCGUUGGCAGGAAAUUUAAGGCUGAAAAGGGCAUUCAAGUGAUUGCUCCAUUACCAGCGGAUAGAAUUCAUGCAGCGAAUCCCUUUGAAAUUACAGCUGUUGAUUUUGCUGGACCUUUGUUUACGAAAAAUGGAGACAAGGUUUACAUUUGUUUGUUUACAUGUGUAGUCACACUUGCAGAUCAUCUUGAAAUUGUUUCUAACAUAAGCACCGAGCUUCUUAAAGCGUUUUCAGUAAAAUUAUGUCCUGCAGUUUGUAAUUAA